AGCGCGCGGCCAGGGGACCGGGCUGGUUACUUCCUCCACCGCGGAGCUGAGCACGGAGUGGACACCACCUAGCCCCACCAAUCCUCGCCAUCGCCCCCGGCCCCGCGCUCCCUGAUCGGCCCUACGCCCUCGCCUCGCCGGGCCUCGCGCGCCGGGAUCACCGCGAUCUCCUCUCACAGCCGACCUCCGGCCGGCCCUGCCCGCUGCAACGCGAUGAAUGAUUUUGCAAUCAAGAACAUGGACCAAGUUGCCCCUGUCGCUAACGGUUUUCGAGGGACACUCAAGCGCCAGCCAGCCUUUGACACCUUUGACGGUUCUCUGUUUGCCAUGUUCCCCUCUCUCAGUGAAGAGCAGACACUCCAAGAAGUGCCCACGGGCUUGGAUUCUGUCUCCCAUGACUCAGCCACCUGCGAACUGCCUUUACUCACGCCCUGCAGCAAGGCGGUGAUGAGCCAAGCCUUAAAAGCCACCUUCAAUGGCUUCCACAAGGAGCAGCGGCGUCUUGGCAUUCCCAAAAACCCCUGGCUCUGGAGCGAGCAGCAGGUGUGUCAGUGGCUACUCUGGGCCACCAAUGAGUUCAGCCUGGUGAACGUGAACCUGCAACGGUUUGGCAUGAAUGGCCAGAUGCUGUGUAACCUUGGCAAGGAGCGUUUUCUGGAGCUGGCACCCGACUUUGUGGGUGACAUCCUCUGGGAACAUCUGGAGCAGAUGAUCAAAGAGAACCAAGAAAAGACAGAAGACCAAUAUGAAGAAAACUCACACCUCAAUGCGGUCCCUCAUUGGAUCAGCAGCAAUACAUUAGGCUUUGGCAUGGAACAGGCUCCAUAUGGAAUGCAGACACAGAACUACCCCAAAGACAGCCUCCUGGACAGCAUGUGCCCACCAUCGGCGACACCUGCCACUCUCGGCUCUGAGCAGGAGUUCCAGAUGUUGCCCAAGUCUCGGCUCAAUACCGUCAGUGUCAAUUACUGCUCCAUCGGCCAGGACUUCCCUGCUGGCAACUUGAAUUUGCUCGCCAACAGCUCUGGGAAAGCCAAGGACCAUGACUCCACGGAGAACGGUGCGGACAGCUUCGAGAGCUCCGACUCACUGCUGCGCUCCUGGAACAGCCAGUCGUCUCUACUGGAUGUGCAGCGGGUACCGUCCUUCGAGAGCUUUGAGGAGGACUGUAGCCAGCCACUGUGCCUCAGCAAACCAACCAUGUCCUUCAAAGAUUACAUCCAAGAGAGGAGUGACCCCGUCGAGCAAGGCAAACCAGUUAUUCCUGCGGCAGUGCUGGCUGGCUUCACCGGAAGUGGACCAAUCCAGCUGUGGCAGUUUCUUCUGGAGCUGCUCUCUGAUAAGUCCUGUCAAUCAUUCAUCAGUUGGACAGGAGACGGAUGGGAGUUCAAGCUUGCUGACCCUGAUGAGGUGGCUCGCCGGUGGGGAAAGAGGAAAAACAAACCAAAGAUGAACUACGAGAAGCUGAGCCGGGGCCUGCGCUACUACUAUGACAAAAACAUCAUCCACAAGACGUCAGGGAAACGUUACGUGUACCGCUUCGUAUGUGACCUGCAGAACUUGCUGGGGUUCACCCCCGAGGAACUGCAUGCCAUCCUGGGUGUCCAGCCCGAUACAGAAGACUGAAGUCCCUGGGACGACCCUGAGCUGGCCCCGGGGCCCGGGGACUGAGUGGGAAGUCCGUCCUGACCCACUGCUCCAAAGACCCAUGGGAGGGCAGGAUGGGACCCCUCUGGGAGUCGCCAAGCAACAGUGGCCUUCUUUCAUCCCUUGCCUCUUCCACAAGGCCAACUCCCCAGUGGUGGAGGGGGCAUGGCCUCUCUGUCCUUAGCGAGACCUGGAAGGGAAGACGUUCUGGGGAGCCACCGGAGCACCCAGGCUGUGUGUUUAUCACAAUCCUCGCGGCUGUUUGAGGUGCUCCAGGGAGCCAGCGUGUGGUGGACGCAGAGACAUUGAAAAACAUUGUUUUUCCUUUGGCCUUUUGCCACCAGGAGUAGCAAAUGCAAGAGCCACCUCCUCUUGAGAGCGGGCUAGGCGGGUGGUGGAGCGCAGUGAUUGCUCCGGUUCAGAAGUCAGUUUGUACAUAUUCUUGUAUCUUAUAUAAUGUCGAAUCCGCCAACAGUUCUAUUUAACAGAAAUUGUAUAUUGUAUUUAAAGUAAUUAUCACUGUUUGAAAGAAUGUGAUACCUGCUAGGUUAUCUUUCUUUUUUUUUUUUUCCACUAGCACAUAGAUAGGAAUAUUCUUUUACAGAGAUUUAGUCUCUCAGGGGCCGACUGAGAGAAUUGUGAUAAACUGUUUUCAUUUGAUUUUCCAACAGGAAUGGGGUCCGAGGAAUGACCCCUGAUUUUUAUUUUUGUUGUUUUUUGUUGUCGUUGUUGUUUUGGUUCUGACUUGCUCAUUAUCUGGCCAGAACUUUGUAUAUUGGGAUUUUUUUUUAUAAGAAAUCUAAUGUUAUUAUUUGAGGGUGCCUCAGGCCUCUCCACUUCCUCCUGGGCUGUAAAGUAAGAGCUGAAAAGCAGUAUUUUUCUUGACAAAUGGCACAUGUUUUCCACUUCUCUGCAUGCCUUAAGACGGUUUAUACACAAAUGUAUUUUAUUUUUUGGCGUAACGGUGUUUUCCAGGCAUCUCCCCCUCCCCCCAGCCAGCCGUUUCCUUCCUUCGCCCCAGGGUAUUCUGUGUGGCUCCAAUAAGAAGCCUAUUUUUGGAAAUAUAUGACUCCUUUUCAGAGAUCAGAAGGGAUUUAUGUAGCAGCUAUUUUUACUGCAAAAGUAACUCACUGGAAAAAAAAUGUAAUUUGUACGAAAGCUUUAUUUUUAUCUUAGCUCAUGUAAAGGGAACUGUGCCGGGCAGUGCUGAGGGCACCCGGAGGGGAUCUUCCAUGGCCUUGACCUUAAAUGAAGCAUGGCGCUCCCUGUCUCGCUGGCCUGCCAUGUGUCUUACCAUCUGGGUUGCAUGUUCUUCUUCCUGCUCUGUGUCCUCAGAGAGUUUGCUCCUCUUGUUUCCUUGGCCAUGGAUACCCAGAAGCCCAGACAGGGCAAGCAAGAUGGGAAAAGGUGUGGAGCCGUUUCUGUGAUGUUCUUAUCUGGUGAGGAGCUCACCAUGACGCUGCACACCUUCCUCCAGGCUUCGCCACUUGCCAGCAGAGUGGCCUCGGGGCCAGCAGGUGAUACUGAUAGAGAGACCUCGCAAUGGACACAAGACCAUCUGGGUACCUGCUGUGCCAGUCCUGGGAGUCCUAGCCUGCAAGCCCAGAAAUAAGCAAAGGAUGCCUUUCAAAGGGGCCUGUGUGUCCCUGGGACAUGUGUCUAUAAUAUGAACAGACGUGGGUCUGGGGACAUGCUUUUGUAAAAGCUUAGCCAUCACUCAGUUUAUAUGCAGUUGAGCCACGUGAAAUUGCCAAGUUUAGCCUGAGUUUUGUCAGCCAAGAUGGCGGCUUUACAUGGUUGAACCUAACAGUUAUGGAAGUCCUUGGAAGACUUUGACGUGGUCUUAAGUAUAAAGGUUUUGUAAUCUGGCCUUUUCUUCCUCAAAUAAUAAAGUAUUUGGUUUAGCCAA